ACCUAUCGAUGUUUGUAAACAUCGAUGCGACAUCGCUUCAAGUAUCGAGCGUCGUUUUAGCGUCUUUCGAAUAAUUAUAAAUUACAAGUUGUAUUAAAACAACUAUAAUUUGGUGAAUUCUAUUUGAAUUAAGUUUUGAAUCUGUUUAAUGGAAACGAAGGAAAGGAGCCAUGGAUAGUUUGUCCUGUUUUAUGUGUGGUCAAAACGCUGAUAAAUUUCACUCCAUAUCAGAGACUGGAAGUGAACUGGAGCUCAGCAUUAGUAACAUUAUCUGCCAGCAUUUUUGGUUUCAGAAGGAUGUCCUGCGCACUGCCAUCAUCUGUGAGCCCUGCUGGCAAACGGUUGACCAAUUCCAUCGCUACUAUCAAGACGUGAAGCAAUACCAUGAGCAACUAGCGGAACCGAACUCUAUUUGCAUCAAACAGGAACAGCUUGAAUCGAUAGUUGAGGUCGAACAAAGCAGGAUCAAAGCAGAAGUCUCUUCCGAUGAUGAAAGUAAUGUCGCGAUUGCAGAGGAAACCAACCAACGGUCGUCAGAAGCUGAUCAGGAUGUUGAGGAACUACCUGGGAACCUGGGUUUUGAGUCACAGCAGCAAAUGGAAGACAGUCUCAUCAGACAGCAUUUGCCCUACAAUUGUGACGAGUGUUCUGUAACAUUUGAGAGUUUCCUCUCGAUGCGUCGCCAUAUGAUCGACUUCCAUGGUCAAAAGUACGUCAAGUGCUGCGGUGUCCAGUAUACCAGCCGACACUUACUGUUUGAACACGUUGAGGCCGUGUUCAACCCGAAAGCGUUCAAGUGCGACCUUUGCACUAGAUCGUUCAAGUCACGCUUGGGAUACACUAAACACAAGCAGCUAUGCCAUUCGAGACUAUUCACUUGUGAUCAGUGCCCGAAACAGUUCCCUUCUAAAUUUCAGCUUAAGCGCCACAUUGAAAAUCAUACACGGUUUAAGAGUGGGAUAUUUACAUGCGAAACCUGCGGUAAAUGUUUCCAUAAAUAUGUCUUGCUGAAAGAGCAUAUAGACGCUGUUCACGAGAAGAACGAAAACCACGUCUGUGAUAUUUGCUCGGAAUCGUUUACCAGAAAAAUGAUGCUCAAAGAGCAUCGACUGACUCACGAUUACAGCCCGGAUCAGCUGAAGAAGCAAUGUCCUAUUUGUAAACGGUGGCAGAAAAAUGUGCGACUGUGGAAGAUCCAUGUGGAUCGACACAAAGGUGACGGCGAGCAGCAGUGUGACCAAUGCGAUCACGUUUCGAUCAAUUUGAGUGCGCUGAAGAGGCACAUUGAACGGAUGCAUGAGCGGAAAAUGGAUUGUCCUUGCGAUUUGUGCGGUAAAGUAUACGCAAACCAACACACAUUGAGGGAACACGUUGCCAGGGCCCAUACAAAAGAACCGCUGUAUCAGUGUCGGUUCUGCGAUAAAAAGUUUUUCUCUAGCCCCCGAAUGUACACGCAUAGAAAGGCGGCCCACCCGAAGGAAUGGCAGGAGUACAUCACAACCAAGUUUGGCAUCGAUGAAGCAGAAGCAGGAGAAGGCGCGAGCUCCAAAUGAAACAGUUUAGCUCUGUUUAGCUUAAUCGUAUAAAUCCCAAAUAUAAAUUGAAAUGUAGCAAAUAUUAUCGAAUAAAAUCAAUACACUAAGUUCUGUCGUUUAGCAGUUUUAUUAACCACAGAUAAAUUCUCGUAGCUUACGCUAGAGAUAGUAGAGACACAGACAAACAGACGUAACAAUUGCGAAAUUUCCAUCGACCACGUUUUUAACGAUCAUUUUAAAUUUUCAUAGUUGUGGCUUUGACAACCAGAGGCGCGCGCAUCGUUUUUCUACGUGUUUGACGUUACACACUAGCACCUUCUGUUGACGAUAUUGCACAACUGGUAGUGUGAACUGGGCGAUGGAUUUCCAUGAAAAUCGUUCAAGGUGUUACGUCUGUUUGUCUGUGGUAGAGAGAUCUUGGUAGUACUGGUAUAGUUCCAGGAUGACGUGGACGAAAUCCCCGUUCCAAAGAUAGGGGCUGUCCAUUUAUUACGUAAGGGAAUUUUCACGCCUUUUUAACACCUCCCUUAUCGUUACACCUGGAUAUCACCAUAGCAGACGGAAUCUCAAAUCGACCACGUUCUGAUUGACGGUCGGCACUUCUUCGACAUUAUCGACGUCAGAACCUAUCGUGGCGCCAACAUCGACUCCGGCCACUAUCUGGUGAUGGUCAAAC